AAACCAUUCAUCUCAGUAUGCUCUUUCUGGAAGUGCUUUUGUUUGCCAUCAUCCCUUUGGCCUCAUCUCAAUUCUUCAGCCCGACGCAGAGCAGAGAGCUAUGGAGGAUUGGCGAGACCAAGAACAUCUGGUACAACACCAAGUUCACACGAUACACUAUCGCGCUAUGGCAACAGGUUCUGGCAGGCGGCGCCGCGAACCUGGGACCCGUGAUCUUUCGUAGGCCCCCAAGAGAGCUCUUCCUCUCGUGGCUUUGUUCGAACAUGCCGACGACUGAUACUGAGACGCACACAGAAACCGACGAGGAUCCGGUCAAGGACUUUGAGUGGGAGGUCCAGACCUACGAGCUCGACCUCGACUCCUCCAACGUCUUCUUCUUCUGGCUCUUCGAGGGCGACCCCUCCGCCCAAGGCAACCAGUCGGCACCCGGCAUGUCAUCGGCCUUCUUCAACAUCACCGACCAACCCGUUCCGAGCAGUUCGGCUGUGCCGGCGCCGUUGACGACGACGACGACGACGACGACGACAGCGACUGACGGGGCGGCGCCGGCGUCGAUCUCACACGUCUCGGAAACUUCCGCCGAGAACCAGCCCACGCCGAUCACCGCGACGAGAGGCGACUUGGAGUCGGCCACCACCAGGCCGGCAGCCCAACCCAACGAGAGCGGCGGCUCCAACGAUUCCAGGUCCGCCGGGGGCGGGGGUCUAUCUGUCGGUGCCCAGGCCGGGAUCGGCGUCGGGAUCGGGGCCGUGGCAGUAACGUGCGUCGUCUGCGGCAUCGUGUGGUGCAGGUACCUGAGGAAGAAGCAGAAGACGCUGGAAGAGUGGCAGGGUAUGGCCAUGGCGCAGCGUGAGCCUCACGUCUACGGCCACGGGUCACCAGGCCCGGUGCACCAGGCGCCGCUGUAUCCCGGUCCCGAGACCAAGAGCUACUCCUACCCACGCUCGGGGCCCGUGGAGAUGGGAUGAA